AUGCCAAUAUGUAUCACAUGCAGCACCCCAGUCAAGAACCUAUACACCGUCUACAGCAAAGCCGAUGACCGAACACUUGGUAAAGGGGUCCGGCUCACCCAAUGCCCAAACUGUAAAAGGUUCGCGGACAAAUAUGUCGAGCAUGACUUUGUGGUCUUGUUCAUAGACCUCGUUCUAAUUAAACCUCAAGUCUAUCGCCAUCUUCUGUUCAACAGGCUUGGACGCUCCGACAAUAGACUCGAUCCCAGCAUCCUCCGACUGGGUAUCUUACUCGUUUUAUUCGAUGUCUACAUUACGUGGGCCCGAAUCGAGAAAAGCAGUACUGUCAACGGAGGAAACAACCCGAACUCGGCUCUGACUGGAAUGCCGAUCCUCACACAGUAUCUUUUCUUUCUCACAAUGAACGUACUGGCCACCGCCGCUCAACAUGCCAUCAUUCGUUUCCUGGCUCGCUUUCUAGUCACGGAACGUGAACAGCACGGAGAUCAUCCAAACAGCAAGAAUUCACCUCGAGUUUCAUCAGCGGACGGAAAUGUCCAUCCUAUAGUCGCGCCGGGCCAGGCCUCUCCGAGUGCAAUCAGCACAGCCUUACUGGUGUCGAGUUGUACCAAGCUAUUCCCCAUCUUUCUUGUGAUAUGGCCUACGGAAGUCAACGGCGGUGGCCCUUCGGGUUUUGCGUUUCGUGCAACAAACUAUGUCGCAUGGGCAGUCUUGGUCAACAACAUCGAGGCCCUGCUUAUCUUGCUCAAUUGUGGUUAUGUCGCUGCAACUGGCAUGGCGGUCUCAGGCAUGCUGGCGCGAUGGGCUGUGGAGUAUUGGGCUUUGAGAUUUGUAGGGUUAGGAUCAGAUCCCAAACCUCUAGGAGGCCUCGCGACAGCUUUGAAUGUUCUGAAAAGGUAG